AUGCACCUCUAUAACCUGACCCUCUCGCCGCCCUCAGCAGCGACAGUCGCUGUAGCCGGCCAAUUCUCUGGCACCCGCAAGCAGGAGAUCGUCGUCUGCCGUGGUGGCUGCAAGCUCGAACUGCUCCGCCCGGACACCACAGUGAGCGGCAAGGCGCAUGCCAUCUUCGAGCAGCACACCUUUGGCGUCGUGCGUAGCCUCGCUAGCUUCCGCCUGACAGGAGGAAGCAAAGACUACCUCAUCGUCGGAUCUGACUCGGGCCGCAUCACCAUUGCUGAGCUUGACGUCAAGGCAAAUGCAUUUGUCGUCGUGCAUCAGGAGACCUUUGGUCGUUCAGGGUCGAGGAGAAUCGUACCGGGCCAGUAUAUUGCGACGGAUCCCAAGGGGAGGGCAGCAAUGAUUGGGGCGAUGGAGAAGUCGAAGCUGGUCUACAUUCUGAACAGGGACGCAGCUGCCAAUCUCACCAUCAGCAGCCCGCUCGAGGCGCAUAAGCCCAAUGCGAUUAUCCAUGCCCUCGUAGGGCUCGAUGUAGGCUACGAGAACCCUACUUUCGCAGCACUCGAGGUCGACUACGAGGAGGCCGACAGAGACUCGACGGGCGAGGCGGCAGAAGCCACGCAGAAGUUGCUCACGUACUACGAGCUCGACUUGGGUCUCAAUCACGUAGUGAGGAGAUGGUCCUCCCCUGUAGAGAAGACGGCCAAUCACCUCGUUCAGGUGCCCGGAGGGUACAACCAGAAUACGGAGCGAUGGGAGGGUCCAGGAGGGGUACUGGUAUGCUCAGAGGACUACAUCACCUACAAACACAGCGUAGGGGAGGAGCAUCGCGUGCCUAUGCCAAGGCGCCUCAACCCUCUCGAUGACAAUGGCGCCUCCAGCUCCUCAAGCGCGCCACGCCGAGGCAACAUCGUCGUCUCUUCGGUAUGCCACCGAAUGAAGAAUGCCUUCUUCUUCCUCCUCCAGAAUGAGGAUGGGGACCUCUUCAAGCUCACCAUAGACCACCAAGACGAGGAUGUGCGAGCCCUCAAGAUCAAGUACUUCGACACUGUGCCCCUCGCCUCUUCCCUCGUCAUCCUGCGCGCGGGUUUCCUGUUCGUGGCAGCAGAGUUUGGCGGGUCGGCUCUGUACUCCUUUCAGAAGCUGGGGGACGACGAUGAAGUGCCGACGUAUUCUAGUGCGGAUCUACCCGAGUUGGGGAUGACCGAGGUCAAGGUCGAGCCGCCCACUUUUACACCUCGUCCAUUGGACAAUCUGCUCCUUACCGACGAUCUGCCCGCUCUCGACCCCAUACUGGACGCAAAGGUGCUCAACCUCCUCGGAGGAGACACGCCGCAAAUCUUCACGCUGUGUGGGCGCGGGCCGAGAAGCACAUUCAAGAUGCUGCAGCACGGCCUAGAGGUGCAGGAGGCUGUCAGUUCUGAUUUGCCUGGUAUUCCCAAUGCGAUCUGGACGACGAAGCUGAGCGAGCAGGACGAGUAUGACUCCUACAUCGUGCUCAGCUUCGUCAAUGGGACGCUCGUCCUAUCGAUUGGCGAGACGAUCGAGGAGGUGAGCGACUCUGGCUUCCUCACCUCUGCGCCGACGCUGGCCGUCCAGCAGCUUGGCGCCUCUGCUCUGCUACAGGUCCAUCCAAAAGGCAUCAGACACAUCAUGGCAGACCGUCGUGUGGUAGAGUGGGCGGCCCCUCCUAUGCCCGAUGGCGAGCAGACGAGCAUCGUAGCUGCGGCCACCAACUCACGGCAAGUCGUCGUUGCCUUGGCUCCAACAAACGAGAUCGUCUACUUCGAGCAAGAUCUCGACGGGCAGCUCAACGAGUAUCAGGAACGCAAAUCCAUGGGCGCGCCCAUUGUGGCUCUCAGCAUAGGGGACGUGCCGCAGGGCAGACAACGUACGCCCUACCUCGCCGUUGGUUGUGAAGACCAGACGGUGCGCAUCGUCUCCUUGGACCCAGAGUCGACUCUGUCGCCUAUCAGCAUCCAAGCCCUCACAGCCCCGCCGCACAGCAUCUGUAUCGCCGAGAUGCAGGACGUGACCGUCGAUCGCAAUCACCCCACCUUGUUCGUCAACAUUGGCCUGAAGAACGGAGUACUACUGCGUACGGUUCUGGACCCCAUCUCUGGCCAGCUGACAGACACACGAACCCGCUUCCUCGGUGCCAAGCCCGUGCGACUCGUCCGUAUCAAGCUACAAGGCGGGGCACCGGCCGUGCUCGCAUUGAGCUCACGGCCUUGGCUCAACUACGCACAUCAAGCUCGCACCCACUUCACGCCGCUCUGCUUCGACGCCCUGGAUCAUGCGUGGACCUUUAGCGCAGAGAUGUGUCCUGACGGCUUGAUUGGGAUCGUGGGCGGGUCGCUGCGAAUCUUUACCGUCCCCACGCUGGGUACGAAGUUGAAAGCAGACUCUGUUGCCCUCUCCUACACGCCGAGGCGCAUGGUGGCCCAUCCGGACGGCAGCGGGCUCUUCUACAUCGCAGAGGCGGAUCAUCGUACCCUCUCACCCUCGGAAAAGGAGAAGCGAAUAGCCUCCCUCACUCGAGAGCCAAAAGUGGGAGAGCGAGGAGUGCUUGACCUCGACCCAGUGGAGUUUGGGCCCCUCCGAGCUGAAGCAGGGAACUGGGCUAGCUGUAUCCGUGUCGUGGACGCGAAGGCGAGGGAGACGACGCAUGUCGUUGAGCUGGAGGGGAAUGAGGCAGCCUUCAACGUUGCGCUCGUGCCGUUCGCCAACUCCAUUGACCCGACGACGGGGCAGCCGGAGAUCUUCCUGAUCGUCAGCUCCGCGCGAGCCGCGACGGUCACACCGCGCUCACACGCGCAAGCCUUCCUCACCACGUAUCGUCUCGUCGCGGGCUCAAAUGGGCGCACAUUGGAGCUCCUCCACAAGACAGAAGUAGACGAUGUGGCUCUCGCCCUCCGUCCCUUCCAAGGCCGUCUCCUCGCCGGCGUGGGCAAAGCGUUGCGCAUCUACGAUUUGGGCAAAAAGAAGCUCCUUCGCAAGGUGGAGAACCGCAAUUUCCCCACAGCCAUCGUCGCGCUGGAUACGCAAGGUCCGACGCGUAUCGUCGUGGGGGAUGCGCAGGAGUCCACCUUCUUUGUCAGCUACAAGGCGGGGAUGACGACCGGGGUGGCAGCAGGGGACCCGGCAGGGCAACAACCUCGCCUCGUCAUCUUCGCAGACGAUACAGUCCCGCGAUGGAUCUCGGGUGCGAGCGCCAUGCUCAUGCUGGACUACGAUACCGUCAUUGCAGGCGACAAGUUUGGGAACGUGUUCGUCAACAGGGUACCCAGUCAGGCUAGCCAUGAUGUCGACGAGGACCCGACUGGAUUGACCGUCCUGCACGAGAAGCCCUUCCUGCAGGGCGCACCAACCAAGUGUGAGCUCCUCGCCCACUUCCACGUCGGGGACGUGGUGACGAGCUUACAGAGGGCGGCGCUCAGCCCCGGAGGACGGGAAGCGGUAGUUUACACCUGCCUGGGCGGCACCGUCGGAGUAUUGGUACCCUUUGCUAGUCGAGAAGACGUAGAGAUGCUCAGCACCCUCGAGAUGCACAUGCGGACUACGUCGCCCUCUUCCUCUUCCUCUGGCCCAUCAGCAACAGCUCCUGGGUCCGCGUCGUGCUCGCUGGUGGGGCGAGACCAUCUGGCGUACAGGGGGAGCUACGUGCCUGUCAAGGCGUGUGUGGAUGGCGAUCUCUGCGAGACUUUCGGGUUGCUAGCGCAUCAGAGGCAGGCGGGGAUUGCUGAGGGUUUGGAGGGUGAGAGGACUCCUGCCGAUGUAAACAAGAAGUUGGAGGCGCUGAGGAUCGGAAGUGCGUUCUGA